CACUCCUCAAAUCACUUUCUUGUGCACCAAACUCCAAAAACUCAUGGCCUCACCACAAGCUGAUCAAGAACCACAACAAAUACCCCAACUUCAGUACCAGACAUGGAUUCUGAGAGUUUCCAUCCACUGUAAAGGCUGCAAAAGAAAAGUGAAGAAAGUAUUACACAGUGUUGAGGGUGUUUACACCACUGAUAUUGAUUCCCAGCAGCAAAAGGUUAUCGUCAUAGGCAACAUCGACCCACAAACCCUAAUCAAGAAGCUUGUAAAAACAGGAAAGCAUGCCGAGCUAUGGCCGGAAAAACCCGCCAGCUGUCAAGAAAAAAAGCCCGGAAAAAAUAACAAAGAAAACGAUUGCGAAAACAGCGAGGAAGAAGAUGAGGAAAGUAAUAACAACAACAACAACAAUAAUAAUAAUAAUAAUAAUAAUAAUCCACCCGAGAACAACCCUCCUCAAGUCAAAGUCAGCUUCCCAGGAGUCAACUGCGGGUCAACGGUCAAAUUCAUAGGCAUUGACCCUGCCGCCAUAGACAAGAGACCGCCGCUAGCUGAUAAAUUUCCGGCAUCAGAGCAAACGGUCAGCGCCAGCUGUGGAGGGCAGGGCGGUAAAAAGAAGAAAAAGAAAGGGCGAAAAGGGAAGAAAAACACAAGUAGUAGCAAUGCGGGUCCACAGCCUAAUGGUGCACCAGCGAGCACCGUAUUUGAUAUGCCCAAGGUGGGGUUCACCCAAACUAUUGACGUGAUUGAUCCAAGCCCUCCACAGAAUAUGUACCAUUAUACCUCUCAAAAUGCUUAUGUGGUGAGUUAUAGUGCGGUGCACCCCACCGUAAGCGAUGCUUCCGAUUACUACUACACGCCUCCAUCGCCGUACGCGUGUGCGACCUACGAGCAGCCGGACGAUGAUGAGGCGGAAGGUGAGCCGUUGGAUUCGUUUCGGAUUUUGAGUGACGAGAACCCUAAUGGAUGUUGCAUCAUGUGA